AUGCCGUGUUCGAGGCAAUCCCUGUUCUUCUUCUUCUUCUCCCCUUUAUCACAUCCCCCUCCCUUCUUCUUCCUCCUCUGCCUCAGCAUCGUUUCAACUCUCACCUCUGCUUCCGCCUCUGCCAACAGUGAAGCCUCUGCUCUGCUCUCAUGGCUCCACUCAUCCCCCUCGUCCUCUCCCCCCUCCGCCCUCUCCGACUGGAACCCGCUCGACCCCACCCCCUGCAACUGGCCCUGCAUCACCUGCUCCGGCACCGGCGGCCCCGUCACCGAGAUCAACAUCAACUCCUUACCCCUCGAGCUCUCCCUCGCCUCCCUCAACUUCUCCUCCUUCCCUUCCCUUGAGAAGCUCGUCGUUUCGGACUCUAACCUCACCGGGAGCAUCCCCAGCAGUAUCGGGUCCUGCCCUUUUCUCCGGGUCGUCGACCUCAGCUCCAAUGCCUUAGCUGGCAACAUCCCUCCGAGCCUCGGGAACCUCGUUCGCCUUCAGGAUUUGAUCCUGAACUCCAAUCAGUUCACCGGGAAAAUCCCGACCGACUUAGGCCGGUGCGAGCGGCUCAGGAACUUGCUGAUUUUCGAUAAUGGGCUCAGUGGUAUCAUCCCGCCCGAGCUCGGGAACCUUCAGGAGCUCGAGGUUAUACGUCUCGGGGGGAACAAGGACAUUGUCGGGGCGAUCCCUCCCGAGCUUGGGCAAUGCGGGAAGCUGACUGUUCUGGGCCUCGCGGACACUCGGGUGUCUGGUCCGCUCCCCCGGGAGCUCGGCCUGCUGAGGAACCUCCAGACUCUAUCUGUUUACACCACUAUGCUGUCAGGCGACAUCCCGGCAGAGAUAGGGAACUGCUCGGAGCUUGUGAACGUGUUCCUCUACCAGAACAGCCUGUCAGGCCCGAUUCCUAAAGAGCUCGGGAAGCUCUCGAAGCUCGAAAGCCUCAUGCUUUGGCAGAAUGCUCUCACAGGUUCGAUACCGGAAGAGAUUGGGAACUGCUCGAGUCUCGCCAUGGUUGACAUCUCCAUCAACUACUUAUCGGGAGCAAUACCAGACUCGCUCGGAAGGCUUGUAAACCUUCAGGAGUUUAUGAUCAGCAACAAUAAUGUCUCGGGUUCGAUUCCUUCUAGCAUCUCGAACUGCACCAGCUUGUUGCAGCUGCAGCUCGACAUGAAUCAGAUUUCGGGCUUAAUCCCACCCGAGCUUGGGAGGCUCUCUCAGCUAACCAUCUUCUUCGCGUGGCAAAACAACCUCGAAGGCAGCAUUCCUUCUACCUUGGCUUCCUGCCAAAGCCUCCAGGCCCUGGACUUGUCACACAAUUCCCUCACCGGAACCAUUCCUUCGGGGCUGUUUCAGCUCAGGAACCUGACAAAGCUCCUACUCAUCUCCAAUGAUAUAUCGGGGACUAUCCCACCGGAGAUUGGUAACUGUUCCUCCCUGGUGAGGCUGAGGCUCGGUAGAAACCGUAUUACCGGCUGGAUCCCGAGAGAAAUAGGAUCACUGGAGAGCCUAAAUUUUCUCGAUUUAGCGAGUAAUAGGCUCUUGGGCUCGCUUCCUGAAGAGAUUAUGGACUGCGCCGAACUUCAGAUGAUGGACCUGAGCAACAACACCUUGGAAGGCCCGCUCUCGAAUUCACUGUCAUUGCUCUCAAGCCUGCAAGUGUUGGAUGUUUCAAACAAUCGGUUCUCAGGCCACAUCGCUGCAAGUUUUGGCCGUCUCGUGUCCCUGAACAAGCUCAUUCUGAGCAAGAAUGACUUCUCAGGUCCAAUUCCAAUGUCGCUUGGCCUCUGCAAGAGCCUUCAGCUACUUGAUCUCAGCAGCAAUGGGCUCAGUGGCAACAUCCCACCUGAGCUGGGCCAAAUUGAGACUCUCGAGAUAGCCCUCAACCUGAGCUGGAAUGGGUUAUCAGGCCCGAUCCCGGUCCAGAUAUCAGCCCUCAGCAAGCUCUCAGUUCUAGACAUCUCACAUAACAAGCUUGAGGGGGACUUGAGCCCACUCCUCUCAUUGGACAACCUCGUGUCCCUGAACAUCUCAUACAACAACUUCACCGGACUCCUCCCCGAUAACAAGCUCUUCCACCAGUUGUCACCGGAAAAUAUAGCGGGAAACAGUGGCCUCUGCACCUCCUCCCGAAACUCUUGCUUCGCGAGCAACACUAAGGAUGGAAAUAAUGGGGCCGAUGAUAAGCGGGCACGGAGGCUAAAGCUAGCAUUAGCACUGCUGAUCACGCUCACUGUUGCAAUGAUUGUGAUGGGAGUGCUAGCGGUGGUUCGAGCCCGCAGAACUAUUGGGGACGGCGAGUUCGAGCUUGGAGAAUCAUGGCCUUGGCAGUGGCAGUUCACCCCAUUCCAGAAGCUGAACUUCUCGGUCGAUCAAGUACUAAAGUCUCUAGUUGAGGGUAAUGUAAUCGGGAAAGGUUGCUCUGGGGUAGUCUAUAGAGCGGACAUGGGGAAUGGGGAAGUCAUUGCUGUGAAGAAACUAUGGCCCAUAAGUAUGGCCCAAUCAGAUGGUCGUGGGAACGGCAAUGAUAAGUCUGGAAUCCGUGAUUCAUUCUCGACAGAGGUAAAGACACUUGGGUCAAUCAGGCACAAGAACAUCGUUCGAUUCUUAGGAUGCUGUUGGAACAAGAGUACAAGGCUAUUGAUGUACGAUUACAUGCCUAAUGGGAGCCUCGGAAGCCUCCUCCAUGAGCGGAAUGGGAGGCCGUUAGAUUGGGAUCUUAGGUACAGAAUUUUGCUGGGAUCGGCCCAAGGACUGGCUUAUUUGCACCACGACUGUGUCCCGCCAAUUGUUCACCGGGAUAUUAAGGCGAACAAUAUCCUCAUAGGGCUUGAAUUUGAGCCCUAUAUAGCUGAUUUUGGCUUGGCGAAGCUCGUUGAUGAUGGUGAUUUUGCUCGGUCUUCUAACACAGUGGCUGGGUCUUAUGGGUACAUUGCGCCAGAAUAUGGAUACAUGAUGAAGAUCACAGAGAAAAGCGAUGUCUACAGCUAUGGAGUAGUAGUUCUUGAAGUGUUAACGGGGAAGCAACCGAUCGACCCCACCAUCCCGGAAGGGCUCCAUGUGGUUGACUGGGUGAGGCAGAAGAGGGGAAGCCUUGAAGUUCUCGAUCGAGCCCUGCUCUCACAAACUGAAUCAGAUGUCGAGGAAAUAAGGCAAGCCCUUGGGAUAGCUUUACUGUGUGUUAACGCAACUCCCGACGAGAGACCCACCAUGAAGGAUGUCGCAGCUAUGCUCAAGGAGAUCAAGCACGAGAGGGAGGAGUUUGCAAAGGUCGAUGUUCUCCUGAAGGGGUCUCCCUCAUCAGAAAAACUGGAAAACAUUAAGAGUAAUGUCGGCCACCCCACAUCAUCAUCGAGGAAGACCCUCCCGAGCCAGUGUCCAAACAGCAACAAUACUAGCUUUUCUGCCUCUUCAUUGCUCUACUCCUCGUCCGAGCAUUCUAGACUCGGGUUCAAGUAG